ACUGAAAGUCUGAGAGUUUCGAGCUCAGCCUCAUUGAGACACAGCUUCGGAACCACACCUGACAACUGGACGACUUCAACCACGACCACACACGCGGACACACACAAGGACAAACACACACACACACACUCACCGGAGGAAACAUGUCUUCCCUCUACCUCCUCCUGCUGCUGCUCCCCCUGGUGGCAGCUCAGACGUGGCACUGGGGUCCCUGCCCCUCACCCCCAGUUCAGCCCAGCUUCAACCUCCAGCAGUAUCUGGGGAGAUGGUACGAGAUCGAGAAGCUUCCUGCUUCAUUUGAAAGAGGAAAGUGCAUCGAGGCGAACUAUUCUCUGAAGAAAGAUGGAACCAUCCGGGUGCUCAACUCUCAGUUCUAUGAGAACGAGACGAGCACGGCUGAAGGGACGGCGGUGGUUCGAGACCCGAGAGAAGCAGCCAAACUGGGAGUCAGCUUCUCGUACUUCUCUCCCUACAGCCCGUACUGGGUUCUCUCCACCGACUACACCAAUUUCACCAUCGUGUACUCGUGCACCGACUUCUUCCGCCUGGUCCGCGUGGACUUCGCCUGGAUCCUCACCCGCUCACGGUUCCCUCCUCGGGAGACGGUGCUUCACGCCAAAGACCUGAUGACCAGCGAGGGAAUCGACCUGAGCGGGAUGAAGGCCACAGAUCAGACUGGCUGCAGAGACGAGUGAUGGAGACGUCGAAUGAAAGUGAUCUGCAGUGUGAAAACGUUUUAAAGUAUAUUUGUACAUCUUAAUUCUGUAUUAGCUGCUCAGGACUUUAAAGAUGAAACUGAUAAAGUCACAUUAACUCCUC